GUAUGGACAGCUGCUCCUCAUUUCGGCCCGCCAACCAAACCUAAAAACGAAGAGUUUAAAAUCUGUUUGCCUUGCUUACCUGUCAACUGAAAAGCAAUGUGGAUGAUUGAUUGGAUGGGUCAAGCCCACUCGGUGUUUGGGGACUAUGUAGGCCGACUAAUCUUUGGGGAUUCUAAAACCCUAAUUCUUAAACCCUUAAAACGCUAAUCGUCGUGCGGAGUUUUUAGGUCUGUGUCAGGCGAAGGUUUUUUGUUUUUUUCUUCUUUGUAACUUAUGUAAGCAAUUUUUAAAUUGCUUUUCAUUCAACAAACCUAAUUGAAACAGGGUUUGCACUAACAAAUCCAACCUUUUCUUGUCCAGCACUAGCAGGUGACAAGUAACCAAAAAUUAACAAUUAAAGUAGUUAUGGAUGAUGAGAAGAGAGCUCAUCUCUUGAGUUUUCUCAAAGUUAUUCCUCCGGUAGACUUCUGCUGUGUCUAUGGCUCAGUUCUCCAUACAACCAAUCAUGACAAGUCAACCAUGGUAGACUACAUUCUUGGCGUGUCUGAUCCCCUGCAAUGGCAUUCUGAGAAUCUAAAAAUGAAUGCAGAUCAUUACGCGUCAUGGAUGGUGCUUCUUGGUGGGGCAAAACUGGUUACUGAAGUUGCAGACAAAAUAGGAGUAGGAGUACACUUCAACCCGUUUGUUACUUGGAAUAACAAGAUGUUCAAAUAUGGAGUUGUUCGAAUGCAUGACUUGGUUCAAGACAUUUUAAAUUGGGAGAGGUUGUACUUGAGUGGUCGUUUACAAAAACCGGUAAAUAUGCUUGUGGAUAAUUUGGACAUCAAAGAUGUAAAUUCUGUUAACUUGCGAGCUGCAGUGUCUGCUGCUCUCCUUCUCUUGCCACCCAAAUUCACAGAGGUUUGCUUCCUUGCCAUUCGUCCUCUUAGAAUUACUAUAUUUGUAAUCAGUUUUGUUUUCAUGCAGGAAGACCUUUAUGCCAAAAUAUGUAGCCUGUCAUACAUGGGUGACUUGCGAAUGUUUUUUGCAGAGGAUCGAAAUAAGGUGAAGAAGAUUGUACAAGGGCAGUUUGAUUUAUUCCAGUCCAUGUAUAAGCCAUUCCUUGAGGAGUAUGAAGGCAAAGACUUGUUGAGAUUUUCAUCAUCUGAAAAUCAACAUGCAAAUAUAUAUCAGGAUUGUGGCUUACCAGUAGCUCGUUCACAUGUUUCUUUCCUUCCUCCAGCUAUUAGAAGUCUAAUGGGGAUAAGGCUAGGAAGGAAGAAAGUAACUAGUGAAUCUGUUCAGGCAUUGCAUGAAGUUGUUAUUGGCUCAAGAGAAGAGGCUACAAAACGCAUGCAGAAGGUUUUGAGGCGAACAGUCAUGGUUUCAAGUGCAAGGCAAGCAGUAUCUGGUCUACUGACUGUUGGUGGUGUUAAAGCUGCUAGAUAUCUCACCAAUAAAAUGCAGAAGGCUUGGAGAUCAUGGACUUGAUCACAUGACACUUUGCAUUUAAAUUGUAAGUCGAGCUUACUAUUUAAGACAGGCUGCUAGAGAACUGUUAUUUUUUCGUUUACUGUUAAAACGAUUAUACCGUGCCGUCUUUCUUUAGACUGAUUACUCUUCCUUUUUUAAGCCCUCUUGCCUAUAAACCCUUCAUUCAGAGGGCAAAUGAACUUCGGCUACAACGAAAUGGAGAUGUUAGAAAUAACUGCAAAAUAAAUCCAAGCUGCUACAUUGUGAGCCAAAAUAUGUUCAAGAUUUCUGGUCACCGUUUAUGCUAAGAGGCAAAAACAAAAAAAUUUUCUUGAA